GAAGACUGCGGGUGUUUAAAGGGGCGGCGUGAGAAAGCGAGGGGGGUCUGCAGCGGCCGAUCCGAGCUUUUUCUCCCCCCGCACAUCACCGGGAAGCGAAGAGCGCGCGCUGACAAUGGGGAACCUCUCCAGAGGGAGUGAUGCAGCCACGUCUGAUCAAGCCUCCAGAGAGAAGUGUGUAACCAGAAGAAUCAGCAGCAGUGUCACUUAUUACUACAGUCCGCUCUCUGAGGCGGGAUGCCCUCCCAAACCUCCAGGGACUCUCUCCUCUUCCCUUUCACCCCCUGCUCCGCCUGUCGCCGACUCCAUGAGCCAAUCACAUUCUGCCUCCGCCUCACGCCCUCUCCUGGUUUUCUUCUCCUGGUUCGGUGCCACGCCCGGGCCGGUGGCCAAGUACAGGGACCUUUACCUGGACCGGGGCAUGGAUGUGCUCCUGGUACAGAGCAGCAUGAUGCACUUCCUGUGGCCCCGCUGGGGGCUCGACUACGGCCUGAAGGUGCUGAAUAUCCUGGAGGAGCCGCAGUUCUCUAAGAGGCCGGUGCUGGUCCACGCCUCCUCCCUCGGCGGCUACACUUUCACCCAGAUGCUGGCCCACGUCGCUCACGGAGAGGAGAAGCGCCGGGGCCUGGCCCGGCGGGUGAUGGGACACGUCUACGACAGCCUGGUGGUGGGCAGCCUGGAGUACAUGGCGAUAGGUCUUGGGAAGACUCUGCUGCCACGUUUCCAGGGCCUCAUCAAGCGCAUCGCCAUGCUGUACUUCUGGCUCUUCAAAGAACAGACGGCAGACUUCUACGAGAGAUCCGUCCGGGUUUUCCACUACAGCCCCAUCACCGCGCCGGCCCUCUUCUUCUACAGCGAGGACGACGCCCUGUGCCACACCGAAGUGAUCGAGAGCGUGAUGGACCUGUGGAGGAGGCGGGGCGUGGCCGUGCACAGCAGGAAGUGGAAGGAGUCCAUACACGCGGCUCACCUGCGAUGCCACCCGCAGGAUUACCUCUCCACGCUGCAGCACUUCUUGAACUCGCUGCCGCUUUCCUCACAGGAAGCAGAAAUCUGAACUUUUUACCCGACCAGAGCACUUUAGAAGCAUUUAAAAUGCAAUUUAAUUAAAAUAUUCCUCAAUUUGAUUUGAACAACUGACAUUCUUUGUUUUUAAACAUUCCUUGGUGGUUGAUUUCUCUGCUCGGAUUUAGACAAAAGUUUCAUUUUAAGUUUCCAAUAUUCAGUAAACUACGGUUGUUUUUAAGAAAUGUGAUGCACAAUCAGCAUGCUUCAAGUAUUGGUUAGUAAACUGUUGUAUCAAACAGAGAUAUGAAAAUGUUUUUGCACAAGGUGUAGAAUAAA